AUGCUGGGGGAACUUGUGUCUCUUUUUAGGCAUCUUUAUGGGAUACUUGAUUCCUCAGGCGCCAUAGGUACACUGGUAGCCUGGAUGAUCAGCUACAAGCCAGCCCUGUUUGGGUUCCUAUUCCUUCUGUUGUUGCUUAGCAACUGGCUGGUGAACCAUGAACUCAAGCUCAUCCCCUCACAGCCCCAGCAGGACAAGAUCCUUGAACGGCUUAUGUUCUGUGAAAUGAAGCUGAAGGUCUUGGAAAAUCAGAUGUUCAUCGUGUGGAAUAAAAUGAAUUGCUACAAGAGGUCGAGCCGACAGCAGACUUUUGCCACGGGAAAGCGCCGGCUGAGGAGGCAACAGUCCAUCUUCUCCAUCUUCUCUAACUGCACCUCCAAUUCCCCCUGA